UCUUUCUUUUUCUUUUUUUCUUUUUUGUGUGGUUGUUGGUAUAAGAUUCUUAGUGUUUUAUGGAAUUUGGUUGGAGAUACCAUUGGUUUUAGCUGUUGAUAAUGUAAUAUUUUAUUUUAUAUAACCUUUUGUUGUUGUUUUGUUUGGUUGCUGAGAAAAAAAAUAUGAAAUUGAAGAAAAUCAUGGAUAUAAAUGUUUAUAAUGACGAAGUAUUGUUUAAAGCUCUACAUCUGGUUGGGGUUAGCGCUGAACCUGGAUUGAUUUUCCUUCGUAGUAUGCACCAGAAAAAGCUUAAGACUCUACCUUGAUGAUUUGAUAGUUUUUGUAAGAGAUCUUGUCAAGGAGUCUGUUGUCUGCGCCUUUUUUCCUCCAGCAAAAUCAUAUGUUGAGGAAACCCAUCUAGUUGGAAUCGAAUUUUGAUAAUUUACCUUUUGAACUAUUUGUUUCACCGUUUUGACUCAGUGAUUUAAAAGACUCGAAGGCAAUCCAGCGGUGUACGAAGAAUCUGGGCUCUAUUUUACCUGUGUCGUUUAGUGUUCUACAUUUACGUCUUAUUUUGAACAGUGAUCAAUCUGUUUUCAUUUACUUCACGAGGGUCUGAAUCUGUAACAUGAUCAACACAUUCAAGCAGAGAAUCAGUGUCUUGCUUUCCGGGCCUUAAGAGUAAAAAGCCAAGAUCUCUAAGAUCGGUGUUUACUAGUUUCGGAAUAUUCAUGAAAUAUUUCAGUUGGUAAAUAGAGGACUAAACAGAGAAGAAAGGAAAAAAAAGAAAAAAAGGCCUUUUCCUGCUGGAGGAGGAAACAAAGAAACGUCUUGUCAUUUGGGGCUCUAGUUGAUAGAGGGAACGCCCAGUGUGUCUCUAAUACUUGUCCGGGAAUCAAUGGUGAGGAUAAGAUCUUUGUUGGAUCAUGCUCUUGUCCGGGUUUUAAAGAUAUGAGCUUGAGUGAGAUCUGUAUUUCUUGUUAGCUAGGAAUUUUUGUCAAAAUUUAGCGGUGCUAAUGAGUCGAGACCAGAGGCGCGGUAAGCAGGAGAAAGGGUCCGAUGUGGCUGAGAAAGUUGUGGUCGCCGUCAAGGCAUCCAAAGAAAUUCCCAAAACUGCUCUUGUAUGGGCAUUGACGCAUGUUGUUCAACCUGGGGACUGCAUUACUUUGCUUGUGGUUGUCCCUUCACAAAGUUCAGGUAAAAAGUUAUGGGGCUUCCCAAGAUUUGCAGGGGACUGUGCCAACGGUAACCGGAAGUCUCUUUUGGGAACAAUCUCUGAGCAAAAGAUUGACAUUAGAGAUUCAUGCUCUCAGAUGAUUGUUCAGCUUCGCGAUGUUUAUGAUCCAAACAAAGUAAAUGUCGAUAUAAAGAUUGUAUAUGGAUCACCUUGCGGAUCCGUUGCAGUUGAGGCCAAGAACGCUCAAGCUAGUUGGGUUGUAUUGGACAAACAUCUUAAACCAGAGGAAAAACGCUGCAUGGAGGAGCUGCAAUGCAACAUUGUGGUUAUGAAGCGUUCACAGCCGAAAGUUCUUCGCUUGAAUUUAAACGGGUUACCAAAGGAACCUGAAUCUGCCUGCCAUUUACCUUCUGAGCUUGAUGAAGCGUCUCAAAAGCAUCCUCGAAAGAAGGAUGAUUGUUUAAACCCUGUUCGGGUGCCUGUUGGGACUCCAACCAGUAGUCCAGAGCUAGGCACACCAUUUACAGCAACUGAAGCUGGAACUUCGUCAGUGUCAAAUUCAGAUCCAGGAACUUCACCACUUUUCAUUUCAGAAAUAAAUGGGGUUCUGAAGAAGGAGGAAUCAUUUAGAGCCAAGGGAAAUCAGGAUAUAGAUGAUGCUACAUCAGAUUCUGACAGUGAAAAUUUAUCCACUUCUUCAGCUAGUUUGAGGUUCCAACCAUGGAUAUCUGAUUUUCUAAUUUCACAAAGUCAUUCCACACAUUACGUAGAAGAAAGUUCUCACAAAUCAAGUGAUAGGCCUCAGGCAUCAUCAACCAAAGCUUUGCUAGGCAAGUUCCAGAAAUCUGAUAGAGACGCUGGAGUUGGAAUGUUAAACUACAUAGGAAAUGGGGACUUCAGUGGAAAUGUGAGAGAAGCAGUUUCACUUUCCAGAAAUGCUCCACCUGGUCCUCCCCCCUUGUGCUCUAUAUGUCAACACAAGGCACCUGUGUUUGGAAAACCACCAAGAUUCUUCAGCUAUGCUGAGCUGGAGCUUGCGACUGGUGGAUUUUCACAAGCCAAUUUCUUGGCAGAAGGAGGGUAUGGUUCUGUUCACAGAGGAGUGCUUCCUGAUGGCCAGGCUGUCGCUGUCAAGCAGCAUAAGUUAGCUAGUUCUCAGGGGGAUCAUGAAUUUUGUUCAGAAGUUGAAGUCCUCAGCUGUGCCCAGCAUCGCAAUGUUGUCAUGCUGAUUGGCUUCUGCAUCGAGGACAGAAGAAGAUUGUUGGUUUAUGAAUAUAUAUGCAAUGGAUCACUAGAUUCUCAUCUAUACGGACAACAUCGGCAACCAUUAGAAUGGUCUGCGCGGCAAAAAGUUGCUGUAGGAGCUGCUCGAGGACUGCGAUAUCUCCACGAAGAAUGCAGAGUAGGUUGCAUUGUCCACCGCGACAUGAGACCGAACAACAUCCUGAUCACCCAUGAUUUUGAACCACUGGUUGGGGACUUCGGCCUGGCAAGGUGGCAGCCUGAUGGAGAUACUGGUGUGGAAACGAGAGUAAUUGGGACAUUCGGAUAUUUGGCUCCAGAAUACGCUCAAAGUGGUCAAAUCACUGAAAAAGCUGAUGUAUAUUCUUUUGGGGUGGUAUUGGUGGAGCUUGUUACAGGCCGAAAAGCUGUGGACCUCAAUCGACCCAAGGGUCAGCAAUGUCUCACUGAAUGGGCCCGGCCAUUGUUGGAGGACUAUGCCAUUGACGAACUGAUUGAUCCAAGGCUAGGAAAUCAGUUUUCUGAACAGGAAGUUUAUUGCAUGUUGCAUGCUGCUUCAUUAUGCAUACGCCGGGAUCCCCAAUCAAGGCCUCGCAUGUCACAGGUGUUACGUGUACUAGAGGGUGACAUGGUGAUGGAUUCGAACUCGAACUUCAUGUCAACACAAGGGUAUGACGUGGGAAGCCAGAGUGGUCGAAUGUGUUGGUCAGAUCAGCAGCACCAACAAUAUAGUGGCUCCCUAGCUGCCGAGCCGUUGGAAGAGUUUAGUGGGAAGCUAUCUCUCGAGAAUUUGAGGCCAGCGUUUUGGGAGAGGGUCAAGGCAAGGGCCUCCUGUGAAGAUCUGUAAAGUUCCAACCUAUUCAGGGUUCUGCUUAAAUAUGUAUUUACCCCACAUGUAGUUUUUCUCCCUUUCAUAUUUUUGUCUGCUGCAACUAGAUUUUUGCUUCUGUAUAGUAGAAGUAGAAAAUAUUAAGUUUUUGUAAUUCUUUGGAAAAUGAAGGAAAAUUUACUUUUUACA